UCUUCUCUUCUUCUCUUCCUUCCUGUGGCUCGCCUUCGUUGCGUUUAAAUCGCCCUGCCCUCCUCCGUGGUUCUCUCGCGUUUGUUACGAUCUUUACCGGUUCCUCCCUCGUUUCCGCUCUCUUCUCUUCUUCCCCUUGCUCUCUUCGCUCGCUUCUUUCUUUCCAGUGUUUGGUCUCUCUCCGAACCUCGCCCGAUCUCUCCCCCUCUCCCGCUGCAUUACGAGGAUCCGAUCGCGUCGAUCUUGAAGCCAAGCUUUCAUCCUUUUUGGAUUCUCGAUCAGUGCAUAGUUUCAUUUGGUAAGAUCAGCCGAAGCGUGGAACCUUACCCGUGUGCAGUGAACAGUUUCAUUUGGUCAAAGUGAUUCUUUUGUCUAGACCACUUCCAGCUCAAAUGUUUGAUUGCAUGAUAUAGAUGCUUUUUAGUUCUGGCGAUGACAAGUUUUCAGGUUGCCUUCGCUUAAUGGACUGUACCCACGACUGCAGCGACAAGAAGACGCUAAAAAGGUGGUUUUUUAUUGACAAAAGGGUUGGGUGAAUAUAUAGGAGCAGAAAAGGUUAUUUAAUAGCUUCAGAGCUGGCAGCUAAAUAUCGUACCUCUACUGAAGAUAAUAUUGGUAGUGAUAUUGAUCCAAUGGAUUUGAAGACAAAAAAUAGUUCCCCUGUUCUCACUGAGCCGGUGUCUGUAAACAAGUCAAGAUUAGGAUUGCCUUCUAAGAAGACACCUAUAUGUCCUCCUUCUGGUUCGUAUUUAACAGCUCACAGAAGAAAGCCCAGACCUGGUAAGCUUGAUGAUGUCCGUCAUAGUGGUUGGCUGGAUGCCAUGAAAUCUUCAUCACCUCCUCGCAAAAAGCUGAACAAGGAUUUCAGCUCAUCAGCUGAACAAGAUAUUGCAUAUCGUACCUGGAUGUUGAAAUACCCAUCAGCAUUAACUUCACUGGAGGAAAUUACAUCUCGUGCCAAAGGCAAGAAGAUUGCCUUGUUUUUGGAUUAUGAUGGAACUCUUUCACCUAUUGUGGACAACCCUGACCAUGCUUAUAUGACCAGCGCGAUGCGUACUGCUGUCAAAGGUGUUGCAAAAUGUUUUCCAACUGCAAUUAUUAGUGGAAGAAGUCGUGAUAAGGUGUAUGAAUUCAUAAAACUAACAGAAUUGUAUUAUGCUGGUAGUCAUGGAAUGGACAUUAUGGGCCCAGUAAGAGAAUCUGAGUCCAUUGGUGACCAUCCAAACUGCAUUAGGUCUACUGACAAGCAGGGUAAGGAGGUUAAUCUGUUCCAGCCUGCUAGUGAGUUCUUACCACUGAUCGACGAGGUUUUUUGCUCCCUCGUUGAUAAUACUAAAGAUAUCAAAGGUGCAAAAGUUGAGAACAACAAGUUUUGUGUCUCUGUACAUUACCGCCUUGUAGAUGAAAAGAGUUGGUUUUUGGUUGCACAGCGCGUGCAUGAACUCCUCAAGGACUACCCUCGUUUGCGAUUGACCCAUGGGCGGAAGGUUUUAGAGAUCCGCCCAGUGAUUGACUGGAACAAGGGUAAAGCUGUUGAGUUUCUGCUCGAGUCCCUUGGACUAAGCGGUACUGAUGAUGUGUUCCCGAUUUAUGUUGGAGAUGACCGUACUGAUGAGGAUGCAUUCAAGGUUCUGAGAGAAAGAGACUGUGGCCAUGGUAUUUUAGUGUCUUCAGUGCCAAAAGAUUCCAAUGCCUUCUACUCUCUUAGAGACCCAUCUGAGCAGGUGAUGGAAUUUCUGAAUUCUCUGGUGAAAUGGAAGAAAUCAGCCUCAUCAUAAGGGAUUUCAAAUAAUUCGAGCUUCUAUAGCCAUGGAGUUCUUUUCUAUGUUCUUUCAUUUGGUUCCCUAGUAAAUUCUCCAGUUGUUUGCCUAUCUUCAUUUCAUAUCGCAUUUAUAUUUAUUUAUUCAUUGUUGACAGUUCAAAAUUUAGUCGGUUGUUCCUUUGUAAAUACUUCUCCGUUUCCAUUAAACUUGCUUGCAAAGAAGCAGAUACAACUUUCAAGAAUCUUUUGAGAGGUUGUAUCUGCUCAAAUUAGAACGAUGGGAAUUUUCUUUUGAUCAAGCUGAUUUUUGGUUGGACACCGGAGACUUUCGAUAUAACCACGGGCGACCUAUUCCGGGUUGGUGGUUGGACCUCGUCUACUACUCUGUCAGCAGGCAGGUCAGUCUACGUCCGUACGAAGCGUUUGGUAGUGCAGGAUCCUUUCUCCUUGAAAAUUGUAUGUAUGGACAUAAUUGCUAGUUUGGACCUUGCCUUUGGCAGCGAAGGCUUCCGCCAAAUUGGCCCCGUUUGAAGUACAUUGUCAGCUAUUGGAAUGUUACAAGUCAUUUUUUAUUUU